UAAGCUCCGUGGUGGAGGGCGGUCUUAGCCACUGGCGUUUUAAUGUAUUUUGGCGGUUAUGCGGAAAACAUGGCGCAAAUUUUGCAAGAUUGCUGCGUGCCUUGCAAGAUAACUUUGGAUGAGCUAGAGACGCUUUGCCGUGGGGAGAGGCUGUACUGUCAAGAGCUUAGUGUCAACAGAGCCAAUGUCAAUGACUACGAAGUGGAGUUUCUCUGUGAUUACAAGAGGACCAGGGAGGGAGAAGAGUUCUACUUUGUUAAGUGGAAAGGCUUCCCUGAAUCUGUCAAUACGUGGGAACCCAAAAGGAACCUCAAAUGUCCAAAACUAAUGAAACUGUUCCACCUGGACCUGGAUCAAAUACUGAAGCGCCAAAAGGGGCGUGGCCUCCCCAAGCGUUUGGAUAAAGAAACUGUCUUGAUCCUGAUUCAGAAAGCCAAACUUCGUCAGAGUCUGCAUCAGUGGGAAAUCCAUUUAAACAAGACUCGCAAUCACCCGGGUCGCAUUUUUGUUAUAAACGAAGUGGACCUAGAUGGCCCUCCGAAGCACUUCACCUACAUUAACAAUUACAAAGUCGGUCCAGGUAUCGUGAUCAACGAAAUGGCCGUCGGCUGCGAAUGCACGGACUGCGUGAACGAGCCGGUGAAUGGCUGCUGCCCGGGGGCCUCGCUCCAUCGAAUGGCCUACAACGACAAGGGUCAAGUACGGAUCCGGCCGGGACAGCCCAUCUACGAGUGCAACUCCAGGUGCAACUGUGGUCCCGACUGCGCCAACAGAGUGGUGCAGAAAGGCAUCCAGUUCGACCUGUGCAUCUUUAAGACAGAGAACGGCCGUGGCUGGGGCGUCCGCACGCUGCAGCACAUCAAGAAGAACACAUUUGUCAUGGAGUAUGUUGGAGAGAUCAUUACAACGGAUGAAGCAGAGAAGAGGGGCCAUUUCUAUGACUGCCAGGGCUCUACGUACCUCUUUGACCUGGACUAUGUGGAAGAUGUUUACACUGUGGAUGCAGCUCACUUAGGAAACAUUUCCCACUUCGUCAAUCACAGCUGCAACCCAAACCUGCAGGUCUUCAAUGUGUUCAUUGAUAACAUAGACGAGAGGCUUCCCAGAAUUGCUUUAUUUUCAACACGGGCGAUUCGUGCUGGAGAAGAGCUGACAUUCGACUACAAGAUGCAAAUUGAUCCAGUGGACACAGAAAGUACCAAAAUGGACUCCAGUUUCAGUCUAGCAGGACUCCCUACCUCACCAAAGAAAAGGAUUCGAGUGGAGUGUCGCUGUGGAUCAGAAUCCUGUCGAAAGUACCUGUUUUGACAGGCCUGCAAAGAAUGUUGCCUUAAAAAAAAAAGAAAUGACAGCUGGAGUUGAAGUUGUUUUUUAUUUUUUAUAUAAAGUUUUUUUUUUUUUUUUUUUACUUAUAUUUUCCACAUGGCAGUGUUUUAAUACAUACGGUGUAGUUGUUUUCUACCAUAAACUGCAGCUUCUGUUGUUAAAUGUUUGAUUCUACUUUAGUCUGCCAUUACAACGGCGUAUCUUUAACCCUACGUUAAAAUGCAGUUUUACAGACUGACCAGCAUUUAUAAAUGUUCUUCAGUGACAGAGACCAAAUGAAACAAACUUGAAUUUCAUUCCAUCUGUCGCGCUCUGUAGCUGUUUUGACUUUGGCAUUUGUCAACAGAUUUGCUGAAGUGCAAAUUCACAAGUUGUGGGAAGCUCUUAUAUUUGUACUUGGACUUUAGAUUGACCUAAAUUUAAGGCAUAAAUGAAAUUGUUUUGGUUUUUAUAGUGCUCUCACAGCAUUGAUGGUCCUGUGAGUUCUGACUGAGGACAAUAUUUUUUUCUAGACUAAUGAUGAAAAACUCUUCAUCUAUUUUGUCCGCUGCAUUAUGUUAUGUUGAUUAUAGUCUUCUAAAACUCGAGUCUACGAAUGUUUGAACUCCAGUUCAUGUCCCGUACGCUGUUCGUUUAAAACGAGUUGUCGGAUCCCUUAACUUUACCGCGUUAUGCAUAUUGUAUAUUUUUAUUAUGUUGUUGGUGCCCACGUUGCCAAUGCUGUGUAGCAAGUACAGUGAUGUCUGUCAAGACAUACUGGCUUGCAGAAUGAUGUGGAAAAUCUUGUCCUCAUGCCAAUGUCUUUGUGUCUUUUGUAAAUAUUUGUAGUAAAGAUGAGACUGUGUGCUUGGAUGUAAGAAAAAAAGAGCAUAUUUAAGAAAGACUGUUUCUGUAUCAUAUUUGUCUAAAAUUUAUUUUCUCAUGUUGGAUUAUAUUCAUUAGGGCUGAAACAAUUAAUGGGUUUAAUUGUGAAAUAAUUAAACUUAAAUUGUAUUUUGAAUAAUUUGAAAUUCGUAAACAUACUUUUGAAAUCCUAGUAUUGUGACGACGACAUGCUCCAUUAUGCUUUUGGUUUAUUAUUGCCAAUGAAGUUCACUUCUGGUACUUUA